AUGUCUAACCUUGAGUCCUCAUUUUCUGUUAGAACAGAAAUAAACCCUACUCUCUCACCUCCCAAAGAACCCACUCCAACAGACCCACUAUCAUCUUCUCUUUCUAAAAAAGGUCACACUUCGACCAUCCAAAAACCCAAUGUGCUUUCACCUAUACCAGCUAUUCCUGGUCCCUCUAAAACUCAAGAGAAACAAAAAUCAAAAGUUUCUAUCUCUGAAUCUUCAAAACCCUCUUUAUUGGACAACCCCGACUCUGACAUCAAAACAGUUGAUAAUGAUGAUGGGAUAGAGGUGUCAAGUCAAAAUAAAGGUGCUGAAAUCUAUAGGUUAGUAAAGGUGAUGCAUGAGAAUGAAGAAAGGGUUUUAGAAGGACCACCUCAAAAAUCAGGAAAUUCCAACCCUUUAACUAGUACAGAAAAGGAUGUUAUCUUGGAUGCUGAGUUUGAAAUAGGAAGGGCACUGUUAGGGGCUGCAAUAAAUGAAAGAGAGAUAGUGGAAAAAUCUAGUAAAAGUGCAGAAGAUAUUGCAAUCAAUGAGGAUAGUGAUAUUGCUAAAGUGAGAAGUGAAAAUGUGGAUAGGAACAGUGGUGAAACAGAGUAUGUGGAUAAGGGACCUGGUCCCGAGGAACAUUGUUUGGACAUUGUACCCCUGUCCUCCAUUGUUGUACCACUGGAAGGAUGCUCAAGAAGGGAAUCUGGUGCUUCAAAAUCAUCUGCGAAAGGAAACAUUACCAAAAGUAAACAUAUUUCCAAAAAGAAAGUGAUCUCACAGCCUAGUAAGAAACCUUUCACUAUAAAACUUAGAACUCAAACACAACUAGACUCCAUUUCUAAGACUGAGAAAGAGAAGAGUCCAAAGAGUAGAAGAAGAUUGGUGAGGCCAAGAGACAAAGAAGAGGUGGUGAAUGUGGUUGACAACCAAGGAAAGGAAAAAGAAGAGUCUCACCGAGAAAGAAAAAGCUCAAAAAAUAAGGUAAAAUUGAGAAGUGAGAAAGAUAUUGUUGAAUUGCACAAGUCUCAGAAAAUCUAUAAAUCUCCUAAGAAAAGGAAAGAUGUUGAAAUUAAGGAAACAGGUCCACCCAAAAGGAAAAAAGUGGAAGUCAGGAAGGGACCUGGUCCUUCACUACAAGGAGCACUCAAGAAAAAUGACGAGAUGUUGAGAAUCAAGAAUCUGAAAGGACAAAAGGUACUUGGAAGAGUGUUUGAUCCUGAAAUAAUUGGACAUCAGGGAUUGAAUAAAUUGAUGGAAAUAUUAAAAGCUCAACAACGGGACCAUCUAUUUGAAGGGCCUGCUCUUGCUUAUGAGAAAGAGGUAGCAGAUUUCUUUGCAAAUCUACAGUACACUGCCAACCAUACCUUAGUGUGCCGAGUUGGAGGAGUCGAUUUCACUUUGGAUGAAACUCAGCUGGGCGAGAUUCUAGGUGUCCCAACUAAGGGAAUGAAGAUGCUGGGAAAUGAUAAAAAUAUCAAAGUCUUAGAUGACUUCAAAAGUUUCAUAGUCAAGAUUGGAGAGCAAAUGACUACCAAUACUCUGUAUAAGAAGCAAAUGAAGCCACAAUAUCAGCUUCUUUUUUAGUUGGUCAACAAGGUGGUAUUGCCCAGAGUUGAGAAAAGGUGUAUUGCAUCUAAGAGGGAUCUGUUCCUACUGGAGAUCUUGGAUGAAAGAAACUUCUACCCUCCAUCAUGAUUGAGCAUAUGAUUAAAGUCAUAAAUACAAAAGAUGAAAAACAUGGUCUACCUCAUGGUUUUCUCCUGACAAAAGUUUUUGAUCACUUCAAAGUUGUUACUGGGAAAGCUACUAAAGGAAUAAGGAAACAGAUGUUCUCAUUGAGCACACUAGAGGAAUGUGCCAAUGUGCAAAAGAAAGAGGGAAUAGGGAGCACCUGUACUAUCUCAAGUCUCAUUGAGGCAAAUGAGAAGCAGAAAAUGCUAAGUUGAAGGCUGGAGGACCUGGUCCUAGAGAAACACAAACGAAAGAGGUUGCUAAGUUAAAAGGUGAAAAUGAAAAUAUGCAGUAGAAAGUUGGAUGACUUCAGGAGUAGAUCUUGGAAAAUCACAAAGCUGCAGAUGCUAGGCAGGACAUGAUGCUCAAAGUUCUCAACCCUAUCAAACCUGCAAACACAUGAUCCAUCUCCUUUUAUCCUUUUUGGUCCCCUUGCCUACCCCUGGUCCUAAUUCUGUAAAAUUUCUUUUUGGCAUGUAUCGAUGACUAUGGCACUAUGGAAACUUUAUUUUGUAUAUUUAUGUUUCAACUGACUGCUACAUUUCAAUGACAAUUGCUCUGUUUUGUGCAUAUGUUCUCUCUUUCAUAUUGUUCUGGUUGUUUCUAUUACUGAUCAUUCUGAGUUGCCCAAGUGGUCUGAGUUAAUGACCCUGAACUUCUUCAGGCAUGUGCUAAUCUUUUAUCUUUUUUUUUUAAUGAUGCCAAAAGGGGGAAAUAGUGGGACAAUCAAAUUGAUGUUGAUACUCCAUCAUUUUAUACUGCGCUUGAUGUUAACAGGCCACAUGCUCAGGGGGAAGUCCCAAAUGAAUAUUGUACAGCUGUGAAAUGGGGAUACAACCAAAUGAAUAACAGGUCACAUUCUCAGGGGGAAGUCCCAAAUGAAUAUUUCACAACUGUGAAAUGGGGAUACAAUCAAACUGAUACACACUUGUUGUUAAUGGUCACGUCCUCAGGGGGAACAUCAAUUACAAGUUUGUCAUCAUAAAAGGGGGGAAAUUGAUGAGUUAUGAUAUGUUCUAGUUUUGAUGAUCUGACAAACACACUAAGGAUCAGGUCCUCUGAACACUAUACGAAACAUGACAGCUGGUAAAGCUGCUGCACUGCUCUAGCAGAACUGCAGCAGUAUAACUGUAUGUGUGCUAGGAGCUACUAGCCCUUGGAAAGUUACCAUCCAUGGUCACAUAUUUCUCACAUGCUCUAUACCUUGAUCUCAUAUAUAUACAACAUGUUGGUAUUAGUUUGACCUAACACUUGCAAAUCUAAAAAUUAUAUAUUUCAAGUGCAGCUGCCACCCCUCUCAAGAACAAAGCCUCAAUAAGCCAAAGGACUAGAUCCCUGAAUUGAAGAUGCUUCAAGUCCUUAGGUUGUUGAGUCUUUGUUCUAUAAAUUGUAAACCUACUCUUCUCUGUUAAGAAGCUGUUUGUAGGUGCUUGAAUUCUAAUGGGAUUGCUUGUAAGAAGUUUGUCUUUACAAGUUUUGAGUGGUACACAAGGCUAGAGUUAGUCUAGGUGUAUUAGUUUGAAUUCUCAAUAGGUAUUUGUGGGCUGUUCACCUACUUAACCUUUAAGUGGUACACUUGUCUAAGUAUAGACAAGGUGUAUUAGUUUGCUUGGCUAGUGGUAAUUGAGAGUUGCUUACAAUAGGGACAUUGUAAGGGAGAGGAUUUAAGUGUUUAAUUCUUAAGUUGCAUUAGGUUGUAAUCUGAACAUUGCUCGGUUUAGUGAAGUUGGAAAUUCUACUGGGGUAGGUCGUGGUUUUUAAUCCCUUGAGCAAGGAGUUUUCCACGUAAAUAUCUUGCCUUAUUUACCUUCCAUCAUUAUCUGUAAAAACAGCUUAGGGACCAGGUCCCUUAGACUGCUUUGGUGAACUUUCAGUUGGUAAACACUAAAAGGGUGAACUUAUAGAUUUUAUCUGUUACAGAAAAUCAUUAUUUAUAUAUGGGGAUUUCCUACCUUGAUCUGUAUUUUCUCUUUUAUUUAUUUGUCCUGUGAUAUCCCUUUUCUUAGGAGCUACAAAUAAGAAGAUGCUUUUCUUAGGAGCCAUAAGCUAACCAAGUUGAUGAAUGCCCCGGGAGAAGUGGUUCCUUUUGUUUUCCUUUCUUUGAAGGUAAUAUUUCUUAUAUGCUAACCAAAAUUUAAUUUUAAACAGUGCAAAAAGCUCCAAUUUACUUUAGUCACAUAAUUUCAAAAAAGCUACUUCAUUGGUUGCCCUUGAAAAGGAAUUCCAUUAUAUCAAAGCAUGAAAAUUUUUAGCAAAUCAGAAUACCAUAAAGGUUAAGAUGGAACGAAUAGAAUCCUUUUAUCUUUAAUUAAAAGUUCCGAAUGCGAACUUUGAAAAUAGAGGAACUCAAAGGAAUAAAAUGGUUCUCACUUUAUGGAUCCUAUGUAGCAAGAAUAUCAGAAAAUUGUUUGGGCUAGCCACUGUUUGGACUAAUAUUUAUAAUUUAGCUGUUGGUUGAAAUAUAAUUGAAAAACAACCACUUCUUAAUACAAAAAUAAAAUUUGAAAAAAGAUAUCCUUAGCUAAAGCACAAAAAACUCCUUGAAAUUUCAUUAGAGUUUGAACUUCAUGAAUUUUUCAUGAAGUUUCGUGGAGUUUGGACUACACUACUAAAUUCAAACUCCAUUAAAAAAUUGAGUGACAUAUUUCAAACUCCAGGAAAAAUAUAUACUAAAAAAUCCUGAUAUUUUCGUCGAGUUUUGAAAUAUCAUAGUUCAAAUUCCAAGAAAUAUUGCUAGAGUUUAAAUGUUUGGCGCUUUAAAGUACCAUAAAAUAUUCCUGAUUUCUUUGUGAUUUAAGUAGGAUUAUUUUUAUAUAAAUUUUAUUUUCGCACUAAAUUUCAGCUAAAUAUUGAAUAAUUUUGAGAUAAUGAUUAAAUAUUAUUUAAUGGUAAAAAAAUUAGCUAUUUUUUCAUUUAUUUUCACCAAUCUAAAUUAAUCAAUCCAAUAAAUUUCAAUUACCUAAUGACUUAAAAAAGGAGUCUUUUGUUUUCCAAAAAUUUUGAAAUCAUGAUUAGAAUCGCAGAUUCACUUUUUAAAAGAAUUUGAGAUUUGAAAUCAUAAAGUUUAUGCAAAUUUCAUAAACAAACGCUCCUUUCAAAAUCAAAAUAAUUAUUCCAAAUUGCAUGGCCAAACGCACGCAUGGUUAAAAAGAAAAUCAAGAACAACUACUAUAAAUUUCCAAGAAUACAAGUAGGCCAGUACUAAAAGCACAAAGUUUGGUUCUCCUUUUUCCAGUGACAGUGCAGUACCUUUUUUUCUACUAGUGUUCCUAUUUUCCGAUGUAAGAGCAAAGGGGAAAAAAAUGGGAAUAUGGGACUUCAUUUAUGACAGCACAGAAACCGCGGUCAAAAACAUUGGUGACGCUGUCGAAAACAUUGGUCAGUACGUGCUCGAUGAUGAAGGCAGGGAUAAGAUGGUCAAUUUUAGUACAACGUUCGUUAAAAAUGCUUCCGUUUAUGCCGCUAAAGAAGCAGCCAACAACAUUCCUGGUGUUAGGGCAGUUAACGAAAUUUACGAUGCAACAGUUCGUGAAAUGAACAAUGCGUCUAAAAAGAAUUAAGGCACACCGUCCUACUAAGGUCUUCAUGAUGAAGAAAUUUAUGGGUGCUCGUUUUCUCGAUAAUUUGCUGGUUCCUGUUCACGAACAACGGAAUAUAUUUAGUUGAUAUGUAUCUGGCUAUCUCAUAGAUGUUUGUCUUACUGGAUUGUUGGUAGUGUAUGCUUGUAAGUAGAUCUAAGUUACCGCUUUGUCUUGUUUCCGUUGAAGUCGCAUGACGGAAAGAUAACUUUAUAUGUAUCCAAUUUGAACUCCAGUAUCGCUUGUAAUUAAAAGAUCUAAGUUAUCUCUUUA